GGAGGAACGGAGGGCGGAAAAGUACGUCUAUUAUUCAGCACGUCGCCGAAUGCAAGGCAGAGGAGGAGAACGUAUCCGAUCUCAAUGUCCUCGCAAAUGUACUUCCUCCGCGGGGAAAUCUGGACGGCAAGCUAUUAUUCACAAGUUCCAAUUUCAUUGUUUCUCCUGUCACAAGCGUCACGAGCAUAAAUAGAGGAGCGUAGCCUCUUUGACUUGCUAACAGUCGGAGCAACACUCCCUGAUAAUCUGCCUCCAUUAACCACCACAACCCUCCACAGGGAAGAUAUUAAUCACUUUAAUUGCCCAAAAGCCUGAAAGCAGAAUCCCCCCGUCCCCUCCCACCACCGCUUGUGCCUCCAUCUUGAAUUGUUGGCUCUCGUCUUCCGUGACAGUACCUCAAGUCCAUCCUCACGGAAAAGACUUUUAAUCCCCUUAAACGACGACUCGGGCUUUAAUUAUUUGCUUCUGCUUCAUCGCCGCCGUCGCAAUCCACGAUUAGCGCCCAUCUUGGCCCGUUUCCUCGCAAAUGACCGUAACGACGAGCCGUAGCGGUUCAUAGCGAGGUCGACAAAUUCAUGGCGUGGAACAAAAAAAAAAAUCAAAAAAGAGAGGUGCUUUUUUUUUUGUCACGAGCAUCGUGUUUUGAACGUUCUCAUCUGUGCUACGGCAUGUAUCCAAUUUUACCUCACGCAGGAAGAGCAAUCCCCCAAACGUGUUUCUUUUGCUCGGGGCUGCGUGUGAACAACAAAAAAGCAGGUUGCAACGUAAUCUAAUGGGAGCGUAAAGAUUGACGAGCGUGUUUUGGAGCUGCGGAGAAGAAUUGGAUUCGUUGUGUUCUCCCUAAUGAGCUACUUAUCGCCUCCGGCUGUCAACAAGCGAGGUAUUGUCCCCCCCGAUUGAGAAACUCGAGGUUUGCUGAGGUGGCCUUUCGGGCGCUUCUGGGGGGAAGAGAACACAAGCUUUCGAUUUAUUUUAUAUGUACAGAGCUGGCUCACACUUCUAUGAGGCUGGGAGUAAAACAUUUUUGGGUGUUUAGUUGGCUUGUAUCGAGCGCCUUGCAUUGCCAGCUUGGGUAAAGUUGAUAGUUGCCUAACUGCAAGAUGGUCGCGACCUUUUGGCCCCAAUCCCCUGUUAGCUGAUUAUUGGUUUGGAGGGAAUGAGGGAUGGCCAAGGAGGUGAGAUGCUCAUAGCGCUGUGACGGGAAAAUGUCCAUUUUACUUUUUGUUAUUUUACUUAAAAGUUGAAUCAGCAUUUUUAUUUUUAGCAGAGUCUAUAUCUUUUGGAAACAACUAAAAAAAUACAACUUUUUUAUUUUACUUAAAAGAGUUGAAUCAGCAUUUCUAUCUUGAGCAGAGUCUAGAUUUUUUGGGGAAUAUGUAAAAAAAAAAAAAAAAGAGAGGCAAGAGAAUUGAUCCCUCAGUGCUUUGACCCUCGUCCCCGUGAUGGAUUCUGAAGACAAAUACCCUUUCAGACAGACGGCUUUGCGGCCGCUCAAAAAAAAUAACAGAAAAAAAAAAAAGGAUUUUGAGGUGUGUGUGUGUGUGAGUUUGUGCGCGUCCGCCUCAUUAAAUAGUCAACAUAAGCUAGCGGCAGCCGGGCCAUUGAUUGGUUGACUGCAGCGUUUUAUCCACAUGCAUGCUGAUGCCUUCUUGAGUGUGACUCAGGAAGGCCAAAGUGGGUCAGAGAAGUGGUGAAGUGGGCAUGGAAGAAAGAAGAGACACACACACACACACAUGCACCCAUGAUGCAUAACAAACAAGCACUAAGCACCUCCCCCUGCAUCUUUUGUUCUCCCACCUCUUUAUGUUGACUGCUCACGCCUGCUGAGCCGAUUUGCACGUUAUCAUUUUUAAAUGAAGUGCAGGGAAGUUGUCAAUUGUCCGUAUCAUUUUGUGCUCAAUCGCAAGCCCUAAACAUGUAACGUUUGGAUUCGGUUUGUGAUUUCCGAAUUUGAAUCUUUUUUUUUACCCCUAUCAGACAAAUGGAUGACACAACCAAUCUAAAAUUGCUACAUAACAAAUGAUGGACAGAUAGAGAGCAAGAAUGGUUUGAUGCUGGAGAGAGAGAGAUGAAACUUCCAAAGUACACACACUUUUAAAACAACACAGCCUGAAUUACAUUUUUUUUUUUUAAAUAUCGAUUCUUAACACCCACGUACGCACACACACUUUGCUAACCUUAAAGCCCUCCCUUCCCUCCCCUCUGCAAUUCUGGUUUUAACCCCAAUCCUAAUUCCAACCCCAAAUCAAGCCUUGACCUUUGUAAUCCUCUUAAAUGAGUAAGAAAAGGCAAAAUGUCCUCACUUAGCAUGCUCCGUUGCAAUUCCCCCCACCCCCCUUUGCAGUAAUUGAAACACACGCGUUUAAAGAACGAGGUUUUCAGACGCAAGCGCUGCAAAGCACAAAGGGAGGAGGGGGGGGGGGCAGCGAUAAUGAGGCUCACAGAGAAGUUGGGGAGUCACGAGAGAGGAACGCCAUGCUCCCUCCACUGAGGAGGAGCCAGGAGGAGGAUGGGAGAGGAGACGACACGCGGGAGGGGAGGGGGAGGCAGUCCGAUGCAGCACUGACGUCUUACCGUGCGCGCCAGCGCCGAUGCAAAACAAUGCGGGACGAGCGGACGAUUGUCUCCUUCCCCGUCGGACGAUUCAUCCAGACAGCAGAGAAGCCGACGCGCCAACCUGAAGAGCCCUUCCUGAUUUUAUUUGAGGACGCCUGGAAGACAUCAAGCUGAACUAAAGCUCCUCUUCCUUGUAGCAACCCAGAUAAAGAGCCUGGCACUCCUCAUUUGUCCCGACUUAAAGCUUGUGAAGUUGGAUGGACCACAUUAAAAAUACACGUCCCGGAGGAGUUGGGGCCAGCGGCGGCGGCGUGCCGUAAAUCCACACGGAGGGUGUUUGAUUUCUUCGUCGUGACGCCAUGCAGCGAUGGACGCUGUGUGCCGGCGGAUGGUUUGAACCGCCGGCGUAGGCGCUAGGAUUCUAUUUCUGGAGUCUCAUUGCUUUUACAGAUUAACUGCCCUCCAAUAUGGCCCCAAUCCGCCCACGGCGCCACGAGUUUGAGUGACGCUCGGGCAUAAUCAACACUCACUUGCAGCUCAAUUGCCAUUUCUUUGUCUGCAUUCAACUUGUAUCAGAUUUUUCAAAGACAAUCUGAGCGGCUCAAUUGCUAUUUUUCAAAUCCAAUCCGAGGCCAUUUUCAUACCUAGAUUGGAUACGAGACAGACGACCGACCUGCGCCUUGAAAAGUCCCGAAGCUACUUUGUUCAUUGACGAUCAUUCCUAAAACCUUUUGUUCAAACUCUCUAGUUGAUCCAUAAAUCCCGCAUCCUGAUUUGGUCACCGUUCAACCAUAUGCUACCUGGAAAUCACAACAGCUUCUGAGUCUUUGUGGUCAUUCCACACUAGAACCUUUUUUGCAAUCUGCAAAGAAAAGAUAAUCCUGAUAAUCCUUCACCCUGCAUUGGUCGCCAGUCAGACGCUAAGACAAAGGCAACAAAACUGAGCAUCUACAUCGGAGCAGUUCGCAAUCUCAUCCCUUAGUUGAGACUAUUUCUCAAAAUUAACACCUAGGACUGGUCGCCAGUCACUGACAAAACUGCACUUUGAAAUCAUCUUCAUCUGUUAUUUCCAACAAGAACUUUUCCUCGUAAAUCCCAAACGAUCAAAGGCCAAGACAGAACGACAGCAAAGGUCAACUGGUAGUUAACUGCGUGAACCGCGCGACUAGCAGUGACCUGGGAUUAAGUGCGACAUCAUAACGUCCGAACGGAUUGUUCCAGGAGUUCCUGAAAGGGUUCUUCAUUGGAUGUCCAUCAUCAGAAAGGAAGACCUGAAGAUCCGAGCUUUUGGAAUUCCUAACCUGCAGGGGACGACGGCUACAACGGGUGUUGUCAUCCUCGGCGCCUGAGCGUUCACCGAGAGAAAUCAUUGAAUUGGAUUAAAGAUGGAUUAUCGCUGAAACACUAGCAGCCGGCAAAGCGUCUAAUCCCAUUGUGCACUCAUCGGGGGGGAGCCAGUCCGAUUCCGUAGAUUACAUUUUGGGGCGUGGAUGCCAGUCAAAGGCAGCGAUGGAGAAUCGCGAUGAGCUGGAGCACCCUCUGUUGGGGGAAAGUCCGCAACCGCCGUCGGGACCGGCUCCCGGGGGAGUCUUCAAGGGAAUGCUGGUCAAGUGCGAGGAGGACAUGGCCUACCCUCCUAUGGCAUGGAGGGGCUACUGCGGACACCCGCCAGAAGUUCAGCAACCGCAUCAGCUUCUGGACCCGUGUUCCUUGCCCCGCACGUUCGAGUCCUUCUACCCGGCUGCGCCCAUCUGGAGCCACGGCGACUCGCUGCUCAGCAAGGACUACCUGGAGACCACCUUUGUGGACAUCGGGCCCGGAUCCACGCUGGAGCGCAAGCUGUUGGCCGAGGCGCACGGUGACUUCCACAGCGCCACCUACAGCAUGGACGACGAAGACGACCUGCUGCCCGACUCGGACGACUCGUCCAUGGAAGACUUCAGCGAUAGCGACAGCGAGAGCAACUUCCCCCUGAUGAUCCCUCAGGACUACCUGGGCCUCGCCUUCUUCUCCAUGCUCUGCUGCUUCUGGCCCCUGGGCAUCGCCGCCUUCUACCUCUCGCAGAAGACCAACAAGGCUUCGGCCGAGGGCGACCUCCAGGGGGCCAACGCGGCGUCCCGCCAGGCCCUGUGGCUUUCCGUGCUCUCCAUCGUGUUCGGGAUCGUGACCUACAUCUGCGCCAUCGCCGCCCUCAUUUCCUACCUGUCUGCCAAGCCGCCGUAAAGAAAAAAAAAAAAAGCUGUGAAUGCUUCCCUGAAGCUAACAAAAAAAUGGACCUUGUGCACAUGCCUCCGACAGAUACUUGUAAAAUAAUCACAUUCUAGCACAUCAGCCUUUCUACCCUCAACCAUAAUCAAUUGGCCUUUCGCUAAGACCCGCCCCUCCUUAACAAGGAUUUUCUUAAAAAUCUUGACAAAUAUUUGAUCUCUUCCAGACCCCAAUCAUGAAGUUCACAAAAACUGCUUAAGAAGAAAUAAAUGCAUUCUGAAGUUAUCAUACUAAGCAGCAAGAUUUGCCCGUAUAGCGAACACAUAGCUAACCUUAUUAGCUUUGCGGCUCGGCCUUUAUUUCUAUUAGAAAUGUGAUUGGCCAGUCUGCGUUUAGGGGGCGUGGCUUAGGGCAUGAUCAAUUGUGAGCUAUUCUUUUAUGUAUUCUUAGUGGAAAUGCGCUUGAUUUACAACCUGCAGCUCCCCGCCGCCCUCCGGACUCUCAUUAGCUGUACCAAAGUUAGAAGAGAACCACUGUAGAUAUCAUCCUCACGGUAAAAACAAGGGCGUGGAAGAAAACUUUAAAGACGCGGGUGCAGAGAAGUGAAUCCUGGAGGACCUCGCCGUGGGCUGGUGAAGUUCUGAAAUACGCCACAACUCGAAAAUGAAAACCUAAGCGAUGAGAAGAAUAUGGAGCCCCCUACAAUGACGUCGGAUACAGCAUCUAUAUGGUGGCCAAUAUUUCAUUUUUUUCCCAUGGGGCUCCAGGAGGCUUUUAAAAGAAUAACAAAUGCAAUUCAGGAAAAAAAAAAUACUUAUAUUGCUAUGUUUGUCGAGUAGUCGUCUUCUGAUAGCACGUGUCCCACAUUUACAAGCUAGCAUCUUGUGCGCUUGAGUUAGCAUCUCAUGUACACUGAAAAAACGUCUAGUUACAUGUCGGCAAAAUCAUUCAGCUAAAAUUCACAAACAAGACAUAGAGUAUAUAAUAUGCAUUUGGCCAAGUUUUAUGUUGACAUUUGUCAACAAUGUCUGUCUUUGAUUUUUUCUUAACGUCGAUUACACAGGUAAAGAAAUUCACACACAAUCGAUAUAAAAAUCUAAUCAUUGGCAAUACCACGCCUUGGUCAACGGCAAAGUCAGCUCGGUCGGAUUUGGUCAUUUUGCAAGACCUCAUUGGAACUUUUACCUCAGGUUGUAUCCGACGCUACCCCACAGGCACAAAUCAUGGUCUCGUGCAGCCGAGUUACAAUCAUGCAUUUUAUCAUAUUGCGCUCUCACACAAGAUGCUAACUCGUGUGCUCAGGUUCAAAACGAUCAUCACCCUUAAGAUCAGGACCUACUGUGUUGAAUUUGAAGAUUUUUAUUGUGCAGUGAGAGAGAAGUUAGGAGGGCCAUGAGAGAUGGACGCAAGUGCCAAAAAAAUGCGAGUUAGUAUGUACUCUAAGUCAAUUAAGGUUGCAAAAAAAAAAAAAAAAAGAGUGCUCAACUAUUUCUUUGGAAUUUCCAGAGAGACAAAAAGAUGUCCAGCAUGAGUCCCUCACCUGACUUGGCUUGAGCUUCAGUGUGCCAUUACCGUAAGCCAAUGACUAUUUUAAGGGAAGAGUCCACCUUUUCUAUGUAGAUGUAGCUUUUCUAUCGUAAGGUGCACCGAUGAUGAUCAAACGUAAUAACAACAACUGUGCGUGAACAAUAAACAGAUGACCCGUGAUACCUCGUCAGCUUCCAACAUCACGACAAUCCUCCUCCGCCGUCUUCUGAGCCCAAAAGACUCCGCGUGGACCGCUCACUCCUUCUCACACGACAUGUGGACUUGCUCUCUGGGCUCACAUAUUUCUGUUUAAUGUAAAUAAAGUGGGAAGAAAAACAGUGAAUCCCAAUAAAUAAAACUGCACUUCUUUGAAAAUU